CAUUACCUUAACUGGCUUUCAUCUCCGCAUAGUCUUUGCGUGUCUACAGCCCAAAUCUUCUCCUUCUCUCUCUCUCUUUCUCCUCUGUUUUUGCUCCAAAUCGAAGCAAACACCCCAUAUCUCUCUCUAUUCUGUUACAGAGUUUUCUAUCAUUGACAAAAAUAGUCAAAAGCUUGAAAUUAACAAGAAAACUGAAGUUGGUGCAAACAAAUCUUUGGUUUGUUUAGUAAGCAGUUUUGGGAAUUGAGGGGGGAAAGGGAGAUGUCUUUUGUUGGUGUUGUUGUUUCAGAUCAAUGGCUUCACAGUCAAUUCACUCAGGUGGAGCUUCGCAGUCUCAAAUCGAAAUUCAUUUCAGUUAAGAGUCAGAACGGUAAAGUUACAAUUGGAGACUUACCGCCUUUGAUGGUGAAAUUAAAGGCUUUCAAGGAGAUGUUUAAUGAGGAAGAGAUCCGGAAUAUCUUGGGUGAAUCAGGUUCAGAUGUGAAUGAUGAGAUUGAUUUCGAAAGCUUCCUUAAAACAUACUUGAAUCUACAAGCUCGAGCUGCCCCAAAAGUAGGCAGUUCUAAAAGUUCAUCUUCCUUCCUGAAGGCCUCCACAACUACACUGCUUCACACAAUCAGUGAAUCAGAGAAAGCAUCAUAUGUUGCUCAUAUAAACAGCUAUCUAAGAGAUGAUCCAUUCUUAAAGCAAUGUCUUCCAAUUGAUCCAGCGUCAAAUGCUUUGUUCGAUUUGGCAAAGGAUGGAGUUCUAUUAUGUAAGCUGAUCAAUGUAGCUGUACCUGGUACCAUAGACGAGCGGGCUAUUAACAUGAAACGAGUAAUCAACCCAUGGGAGAGAAAUGAGAAUCACACCCUUUGCCUCAACUCUGCAAAGGCUAUUGGUUGCACUGUUGUCAAUAUUGGCACUCAGGACCUGGUUGAAGGACGACCUCACCUAGUACUUGGGCUGAUUUCUCAAAUCAUAAAGAUCCAACUAUUGGCAGAUCUCAACCUCCGGAAGACCCCUCAGCUCGUGGAGCUUGUGGAAGACAGCAAUGAUGUCGAGGAGCUCAUGGGGUUAGCACCAGAAAAGCUCUUACUAAAAUGGAUGAAUUUUCAUCUCAUGAAAGCCGGAUACAAGAAAACUGUGGCAAAUUUUUCUUCUGACUUGAAGGAUGGGGAGGCCUAUGCUUACCUGCUUAAUGUACUUGCUCCAGAGCAUUGCAGCCCAGCAACCUUGGAUGUCAAGGAUCCCACUGAGAGAGCUAACUUAGUUCUUGAGCAUGCAGAGAAAAUGGAUUGCAAAAGAUACCUAGAUCCUAAGGACAUAGUUGAAGGCUCAUCUAAUUUAAAUCUCGCUUUUGUUGCACAAAUAUUCCAUCAGAGGAGUGGAUUGUCUACAGACAGCAAGAAGGUAUCCUUUGCAGAGAUGAUGACAGAUGAUGAGCUAAUUUCCAGAGAGGAGAGAUGCUUCCGAUUAUGGAUUAAUAGUCUUGGGAUUACCUCUUAUGUCAAUAAUUUGUUUGAAGAUGUAAGAAAUGGAUGGGUACUUCUGGAGGUGUCGGACAAGGUUUCUCCGGGAUCUGUUAAUUGGAAGCACGCAACAAAACCUCCAAUAAAAAUGCCGUUUAAGAAAAUUGAAAACUGCAACCAAGUUGUCAGGAUUGGGAAGCAGUUGAAGCUUUCCCUUGUAAAUGUGGGAGGAAACGAUUUUGUCCAAGGGAGUAAGAAGCUUAUACUUGCUUUCCUGUGGCAGUUGAUGAGGUUUAAUAUGCUUCAGCUUUUGAAGAACUUGAGAUCGCGUUUCAGAGGGAAGGAGAUUACUGAUGCUGAUAUUCUCAUUUGGGCAAACAAAAAAGUGAAAAACACUGGAAGAACAUCAAAAAUGGAGAGUUUUAAGGACAAGAGCCUUUCAAGUGGAUUAUUCUUUCUCGAGCUUCUCAGUGCUGUGGAGCCAAGGGUUGUUAAUUGGAAUCUUGUCACCAAGGGUGAAAGUGAUGAGGAAAAGAAGUUGAAUGCUACUUAUAUCAUCAGUGUCGCACGGAAACUUGGGUGUUCUAUCUUUCUGUUGCCUGAAGAUAUCAUGGAGGUUAACCAAAAGAUGAUCCUCACUCUCACUGCCAGCAUCAUGUACUGGAGCCUUCAGCAAACAGCAGACGAUGCAGAGUCUCCUGCGAGUACUGUUGCAUCUGAUGCAUCACCAGCAAGAUCUUUGAAUGGCUCUAUGUCCCCCUAUACUGCUGCUUCGCCUGAUGCAUCCCCUGCACCUUCAAUUAGUGGAGCAUCAUCGGCUACUCCUGAUGCAUCUCCAGCACCAUCUGUAAACGGAGAUGAUGAAACCCAACUUAUUGCUGAAGUGUCAAAGUUGGAGUUGGCUACUGACGAUGCACCAUCUGAUACUACUGAAGGGUCAAAGUUGGAGUUGGCUACUGGUGAUGCACCAUCUGAUACUACUGAAGUGUCAAAAUUGGAGUUGGCAGCUGACGAUGCACCAUCUGAUACUACUGAAGGGUCAAAGUUGGAGAUUGCUGCUGGCGAUGCACCAUCUGAUAAUACUGAAGUGUCAAAAUUGGAGUUGGCAGCUGACGAUGCACCAUCUGAUACUACUGAAGGGUCAAAGUUGGAGAUUGCUGCUGGCGAUGCACCAUCUGAUACUACUGAAGUGUCAAAGUUGGAAUUGGCUGCUGACGAUGCACCAUCUGAUGCGUUAGCAUCUCCAAUGCAAUCUGAAAAUGCAGAGAUACCAUCAGAUGCACCCUCAUCCUCUCUACUUGAGGAUACACAACGACAGUACAGCCUCUUCUCAUGAAGUUGAAAAUGAAGGUACAAAACCAGAUAAUGAACAAUAGUUAAACGUUUUUGUCUUUAGAGCUACGAGGGUCAAAUAAUAAGCAAGGGGUAGAAAGCAAGAAGAACGAACAUAAACGAUGAGAACAUACAUGUGUUUUUAGAUGAAUUAUACUUAAGUGCGAAAUGCGUUUAGAUACAAAUAUAGAUAAAAGUACACAAUGUUAUCACCUCAGCACGAUAGUACCUCUGGUAGAAUAUCAACUGUACUAUUUCCAAUUUUGUUUCCUGUUACUUUUAUGUAGUUUUUUUUUCUUCAUCUGAAUGUAAGUAGAAAUUGAUUCAUUAGAUGUAUGAUUUAUAUUUUGAAAAUAUUCUCAGUGAUUUACUCUGUUUUUUU